AAAAAUUAUUUGCUUAAUUGAUUUCAUCGCGGUAAACAAACGACAUUCUCGAUUGCAAGCAGGCACCAAAUGUCAAUAACAAUUUCAAUUACAUAUUAUUGACUUUGAAUUUAUUAAUUUAGGAUUUAGUUGUAAACGGAUAAUCUGUUGCAGCUAAGGUACCCAGCUAAGCAUUCGCAAAUUUGUAAUAUAACCCAUUAAAAUGCCAUAUGUGAUUAUAAGUACACAGAUUCGAUUAGUAAGUCCUACGUUGUUGUUUUUUUUCGUUUCUUUUCCGUUCAUAUUUUAUACUUUAUUAAUUAGACUUUAAUACUAAUAUUAAAUACAAUAGUCACUAUUUAUUAGUAAUUUAUUUUCAAUCAGAAUUAUGCCAAGUUCAAGUAGUAGUACCACCCUGAAGUAGUAUCAUAAUCAAUAAUCUGCAUCUACAUGCCCGUUUGUCCUUGGACCGUUGGGGCGCAACAGAUGACAUGAAAAUAUUGUUGAAAACUAUCUCCCCCCAUUCCUCUCUGUUUUCUUCUGACUUAGCUUUAGUUCCGUCCACUCUUGGAUGUUAUCUUCCCAUCUCUUUCUUCCUCUUCUUCUCCCUCCUCUGGUUGUGCCCUGCAUGAUUUCUUUUGCGAGCUCUUGUUUUAUUGUCAUGUGGCCAUACGAUUCCAGUUUGUACUUUUUUACAGCUCCCAGAAGUAGAAAGUCAUCAUAUUGCCCAAUAGUAGCUUGACUUUUCUUUGAUUUGUUCUCUAUAUAUAUGGUCUCUUUAGCAGAUUCCAAGAAUGCUUCUAACACAUCUCAUCUCCAUCGCCUUUAUUUUUCUUUCAAGUUCUGCUGUUGAUGUUCAGGACUCAUAGGCAUACAAGAAAAUGGAGAGGAGUAAUGAACGCAUCAGCCUGAUUUUGGUGCUGGGGGCUAUAUUUUUGUCAUUCCAUAUUUUCUUAAGCCUCUUUCACUCUUUAGUGCUGUUGUGGUCUGGGCAAUCCUGGACAUCAAUUCGGACUUGGAACCUUCUUCUGAGACUAUUGCCCCUAGGUACUGGGUACUUGAAGCUGCCUACUCAAUAAUAAUCAUCCUAAUACCAUCAAUAUCACUUGAAUAUCAAUUUGAAUUGAAUAUUUUGUGUGUGUGUGUGCAUAUAGGCCCUACUGAAACUUAUCUCACCUAACUUAAUUACUUUUACUAUUAGUAUAUUACUGAGUUAACAUCAUUAGCAUAGGCCAUAGCCGCAUAGGCUACAUACUAAACUAAAAAAAAUUAGAUAAAGACUAAGAAAUUAAUUUAGUAUUAGCAGGCACUUUGAUGAAAAUUCCAAAACAUUUUUAUAUAUAUUUCUUUUAAAACUACAAAGUAUGGAGCCUUGAUAGUGGUUUACAAAAACACCAAGAUCAACUUUCUAGCUCAAGAGGUUCAAAAGUUAUGAAUUUUUAAGUAAGGACUUCAAAACCACUUUUCACUAGAUAAUACUGCUAAUACUAAUUUUUCACUAGACUAUAUCAUAGAUGGGCUUGGGGUUUUCCUCCACAUUUCGUGACCCUUAUUUUGCUUUUGUUUUUACGCCUAUACAAUUAUUAUUAUAAAGUGAGAUAAAAAUAUAAUUUUUACAGGGAAAUUAGUUAAAUAUGAGUUCUUUGAAAUAAAUCCUUAAAAUAUAAAUUAAAUAAAGUAUAGUAUUAAUAAUCAGUAAGUGUAAGUUAAGACUUAGGACUAUUAAGAGUUUAGACCAAGUCGUACAAGUAGAGGUACAAAAGAAAAUAACAAUUUCACUAUAUUAUUAUCACAGGGGUUGGUGCAAAACAGUAACUCGCUUGAGUAAUGACUAUUUGCCAUUACUAGAUAGUGCAUAGUGACCUACAUGCAUUUUUUAUUUAUUUUAACCAAACCCUUUAAUUAAAAAAAAAGUACUCAGUAUCACAAAUUGUAUUAGGUCAAAUUUGACUUGACAUAGGGCACCUGGUAUAAACCUAAAUUAGGGAAGGACACAGAGAAUUGAACAAUUUUAGUUGUACCGUAGACACAAAUUAGACACUACACUUUAAUCGCACAAUGUCACAAAUUUUUGACACACAUAACCCCCUCCCCAAAUUGCGUUAAGAGUCAUCACGUUUUUGUAUGGCCUCAUAGGCGAACGGUGGGCUAAAUAUUAUUGCUACAACUAGUGUGAUUUAUGGUGAGUUCACAAGUGAAAAAUCCAAAGCCACAAUAUGAGGAGUAGACUCUUUGAUUCAUGCACUCCAUGUUAAAUGAAAUAAAAGUUAUUUGUAUGAUUGAUCAGAAGCUUUUGGGAUUUUUUUAAAACUACAAAUCCUUGUCAUGUCCUAAUUUACUUGAAAGUAGGUUGUAGGUACGAGGUUACAAUAAUUAUUUUUUCAAAUUAAAAUAAAGACCACAUUGUAAACGACAUCCUAACUGGAACCAAGCAAUUAUAUAUGUUAUUAAUGGGCACAUUUGCUAAUGACACAGCUACUUACGCAUGUUAGAGCUACCUAUACAUCUCACACCUACUUACACAUGUUCGAGCAACCUACAUAUUUCACGUCUAUUUACACAUGUUUCAGCUACUUACUCAUCUUUAAAAUAUUAUAUCUACCUGUAUUUAGGAGUUUACCUAAUGUCUUUCAAUUCAAGGAUGUUGGUCCCACAGUUGUUGGGGACGAAUGGAGUGACAAGGAACUUAUGGACUAUUUAGAUGCCACAUUAAUAAAGCAACUAGGAAACAAUUAGUGAGUACUGUUUUCAAUAAACAGAUGUUUUAAGUAUUUAAUAAUCAAGUUUAUUUCUUGUCUAUUCUAUGGAAAUUAAGUAACCUUGUUUAAUUUUAUUUAUCACCAGCAGUGCCCAGUACAGAACAGAUGAUGCCCCAAGAAUAGUUCUUGAAAAACUUGAGAAACGGAACUUUAAACUAAUAGCUAUGACAGGGGUUGGGCAGACUUGCAUAUGGACACUACAUAAAGAACUUAGUGAGAAGGAGAAAAUAUUGAGCAGUUCCAGCAGUGAUGCUUUUGAAAGUCCGAAAAUUGAGAAUAAAGGUGAUCUUUAAGGAUAUACACAUUAUUGCCUAUUAGGCAGAAUAGUUAUUUUUGGUUACCGGGCAUCUGUAUCUAACUUAUUCUUCUUUUUGGUGAAAUAUUGUUUUCAUUGGUGGAGUUUGGUUUUUAAAUGAACAUUUAGAUAAAAUGUUAUAAAGCACAAUGUUCGUUAAAAUUACCAGUAAUUCUGUGUAAUUAAUAUUCUGCAUCAAAACUAUUCAAAGAAAGCUUAAGAAAUUUACAUUUAUUUGUACAGAAUUAUAUUAUUUCUUGACAAUUCUUACUGCAGAUUUUCAACUCUAACACAUGACAAAACACUCUUACAUUAUAUUCAAGGAGCAAGGUGUAGUCA